AUGAAUCCUAAAGAAAAUAAAAGAGAUUUAUGGAAACAUGUUGAUUCUGAUAAAUAUCAGAAACAUGUUACAAUUUCUACUAUUGGUUCAACUACUGAAUCAGCAGAAGAGAUAGAUGAUAAAAUAGUUUAUAUGGAAGAUUUAGAAAAAAGAAAACAAGUAUAUGGAAUAUGUGGAGAAUGUAAUGAACCUGGCACAGGAGAAAAUUGGUGUCAACCUUGUAAUGCUAAAAGAUUUAAGGAUAACUUUAAAAAUUGGACUAGUGAGAAUAAAGAUAUUGAUGAAUUUAUACAACAAUCACAACUUAAUACUGUGUACUAUAAAAAAUAUCUUGAAUGGAUACCUUAUGAAAAUUUUAAAGAUAUUACUUAUAUUACCAGAGGUGGAUUUGGUAAAAUUUAUUCAGCAGAGUGGCCUGAUGGAUGUAUUUAUACUUGGGAUAUUGAAAAUCAAAAAUGGGGUAGGACUACUGGUUUAAAAGUUGCAUUAAAAAGUUUGGACAAUUCUUCUUGUAUAAGUACAGAAUUUUUAAAUGAGAUUAAAACUCAUCUUCAGAUUUAUCUUUUGGAUGUUAUUCGAUGUUAUGGAAUAACUCAAGAUCCAAAUAGCAAAGAUUAUAUGAUGGUUUUAAAAUAUUGUGAAGAUGGAAAUUUGAGAAAUUACUAUAUGAAUAAUAAAUUAAAUUAUUAUUCAAAAAUUGGUAGAUUACAUCAAAUUGCAAGAGGGCUUUUAGAUAUUCAUAAUGCUGGAAAAGUUCAUAAAGAUUUUCAUUCAGGCAAUAUAUUGGAAGGUAGUGGUAUGUAUAUAAGUGAUUUAGGAAUGUGUCAACCAGCAAAUAAUAAAGAGAAAUCAGAUAAAAAUGAAGGAGUUUAUGGAGUAAUACCUUAUAUGGCACCAGAAGUUUUACAUGGAUAUCAAUAUACAAAAGCAUCUGAUAUUUAUUCAUUUGGAAUAAUUAUAAAUGAAUAUAUAUCCGAAGAAACUCCUUAUAAUAAUAUUUCUCAUGAUUAUUCUUUAGCUAUUAAAAUAUGUAAAGGACUUAGACCAAAUAUUUUUAAAUAUACACCAAAAUUACUUGCAGAUUUGAUUACUAAAUGUUGGGAUGCUAAAGUAGAAAAUAGACCAACUGCUAAAGAAUUGUAUCAAAUAUUAUAUAAAUGGAAUUAUAAUGGAUAUGAUGAUAGUGAUACUGAAUCUCAAAUAAAUGAGUAUGAUGAUAAAAUCAAAUUAAACAGAACAGAUGAAAAAAGAUCUAGUAACAUUCAAACACAUCCGCAAGCAAUUUAUACUAGUAGACUUUUAAGUUUCAAAAAUCUUCCAGAACCAGUAAAUCCAGUAAAUUCAGAUUCAGAAUGUUUUGAUUGUCAAUUAGACGAAUUAGACGAAGAAAAUAAGACUGAAUGA